CAACUCGCGAGUCAUGAGCGAAGAUCUCAGGUCAAGUUCGGUAGUCAUGCAAGCCCUUAGAUCCGUUAAAAUAAAUACUUGUAGUGACCCGCCAGAACUCAGACUCGUUUGGAGAAGGCAACGAAGUGACCCGGCGUGAUUCAAACUCCUCUGCUUUUCGCAAUCAUCAAGAUGAAAGAAAUCAUCAACCUUCACGACUGCCAGACCAAGCUGAUAGAGUCCGCUAUCCCGGAAAUCAAUGACGACCAGGUCCUGAUCCGUGUCAUCGUUUCCGGGUCAAAUCCCAAGGAUUGGAAGGUGCCGGAUCUGGCGCACAGCGAGGAGAAACCGUACUUUGAGCGCUACGAGAAAGUCCGACAGGGAGUAAACCAGGGCGAUGAUAUCGCUGGGGUAGUCGAAAAGGUGGGGAAAAAUGUAGUCGAAUUUCAGCCGGGUGAUCGAGUCGGAGCUUUCCACGAAAUGCUUAUGCCUGGAGGCAGUUACGCCGAGUAUGCGGUUGCUUGGAGUCAUACCACGUUCCAUUUGCCAGAGAAGAUCUCAUUUGAAGAGGCAGCCACAAUCCCGCUAGCCAGUCUCACGGCAGUUGUAUCUUUGUAUCAUCACCUCGGAUUCCAAUUGCCCUGGUCCCCAGCGGCCAAAGGCAAGAUUCCCAGCGCCACGACACCGUUCAUCGUGUAUGGCGCAAGCACGGCGGUCGGGUCGUAUGCGAUCAAAUUCGCCAGACUCAGCAACAUCCACCCGAUCAUUGCGAUCGCUGGAAAGGGCGCCCAUUACAUCCGGCAAUUCCUGGAUGAAAGUAAGGGCGACGUGGUCGUUGAUUAUCGGGAGGGUCCGGAGAAAACCAUCGCGGGUAUCCGUAGUGCCCUGCCCUCAUCGACUGGUGGCAAGGAGCUCCCAGCAAACCACGCUCUAGAUACAAUCGUCACCGAGGACAGUACUGCCGUACUGCGAGCGGUUAUGAACCCCGGAGGUAACAUUAAUUAUGUGCUGAUGAGUCCCCCGGAUGUUUCUCCGGCGGUUGCAUCGAACACCUGGGUCAGUUCGGCGCACCAGAUCGGUGGUGUCGAUGAUUGUCGGGAUCUGUGUUUCGUGUUCUGUCGGUGGUUCACCCGAGCACUGCAAUCGGGGGAGUUGGAGAGCCAUCCUUUUGAAGUCAGAAAAGAUGGCUUGUUGGGGGUUGAGAGAGCGAUGAAGGACUUGAGGGAUGGAAAAGCGAGUGCAGUGAAGUAUGUGUUUAGAAUUGGCGAAACACCAGGAUUAGAGAAGUCGGCAUAGGUGCUAUAAAGCAACGAACGCUUGGCAAGGAUAUUAGAUGAAACAUGCUCCACUAAGCCAGGCAUGGAAGAGCUCAUACUGGCGCGAGACACGGCCUGCACCCGGAAAAAAGGGUUCGGUAUGGCAAUGGUUGCUAUGUAUACAGGGUAAACAAACGGAGAACUGAAGAUACGUUUUUUGACAUCAUAAAUAAUGAAGCAAACAUUACUAUUGCACUGCUAGUGCACACUUCACUGAGAUCAACCACCUAUAAAGCUGAAAGGCGCACCAAGCCUAGUCCCGUUCUAGACUAUGUAAAAAGAUGUCCACUCACAGAGAAAAGACGAUUAUAUACAGAGCAUAUCCAAGGCCUCUAGCUAAAGGCCGAGAAGCAGGAGCUCUUUG